GCCGAUAGAAGAGCAGAGCUUGGUAUGAGAGCCGACGACGCCAAGCGAACGCCGUUGGGGAGAAAAGUCCUCGUCUUCUCUCUCUCUCUCUCUUUCGCACUUGUGCAAAUGGUUCCGUUCUUUGUUUGGAGCUAAAUCUCGGCUCAAACAUUUAUUCUUUCUUCAUCGGAUAAAGUUGAACCGGAUCCGUAAUCGAUGGAGGAAGAGAAAGGUGCGGUUGCGCAGAGCUUAAUUGAUGUAGUGAACGAGAUUUCGUCCGUUUCCGAGUACCGUACAACGGUGAAGAAGCUCUGCAGUAAUUUGGCGAGGAGGUUGAAGCUGCUUGUUCCGAUGUUCGAGGAAAUCAGAGAGAGUAACGAGCCGAUCAGUGAAGAUACGUUGAAGACGUUGGUCUCCUUGAAGGAAGCCAUGUCCUCGGCCAAGAAUCAUCUUAAAUUCUGCAGCCAAGGCAGCAAGAUUUAUCUGGUCAUGGAGAGGGAACAAGUGACAAGUAAAUUGCUGGAGGUUUCAGUUCAAUUAGAGCAAUCUUUGAGCAAGAUUCCGUAUGAGGAUCUUGACAUCUCCGAUGAAGUUAGAGAACAGGUUGAGUUAGUUCUCAGCCAGUUUCGGCGAGCCAAAGGAAGAGUAGAUGCAUCAGACGAUGAACUGUAUGAAGAUCUUCAGUCACUGUGCAUCAAAAGCAGUGACGUAGAUGAUUAUCAACCUACCCUGCAGCGGGUUGCUAGGAAGUUACAUCUGAUGGAGAUUCCUGACCUAGCUCAAGAAUCAGUGGCUCUGCGCGAAAUGGUUGCUUCGAGCGGUGGUGAAAGCAUUGAGGAGAUGGCAAUGGUACUUAAGCUGAUUAAGGAUUUUGUGCAGAUUGACACUGACAAUAGCGAGGACCAGAGUGCUGGGGUAAACUCGAGUAGCAAUGGGCAAACUUCUACGGCUGCUAGUCAGAAGAUACCGGUGAUUCCUGAUGAUUUCCGCUGUCCAAUAUCUCUGGAAAUGAUGAGAGAUCCAGUUAUCGUUUCAACAGGGCAGACCUACGAACGCACCUGCAUCGAGAAGUGGAUAGAAGCUGGGCAUUCGACAUGUCCAAAAACACAGCAGGCGCUAACAAGCACAACCCUCACACCCAACUAUGUUCUCCGAAGUCUGAUAGCUCAGUGGUGCGAGGCCAAUGAUAUCGAGCCUCCAAAACCUCCGAGCAGUUUAAGGCCCAGGAAAGUAUCAUCCUUUUCCUCCCCAGCAGAAGCAAACAAGAUCGAAGAUCUUAUGUGGAGGCUGGCUUACGGAAACCCUGAGGACCAACGAUCUGCAGCUGGAGAAAUCCGCCUCCUUGCAAAACGAAAUGCAGACAACCGUGUGGCCAUAGCUGAAGCUGGAGCCAUACCUCUUCUCGUUGGCCUCCUCGCAACUCCUGAUUCUCGUAUCCAAGAACAUUCGGUAACAGCUCUUCUAAACCUCUCCAUAUGUGAGAACAACAAAGGAGCCAUUGUCUCUGCUGGAGCUAUCCCUGGUAUAGUUCAAGUGCUCAAGAAAGGAAGCAUGGAGGCUAGAGAGAAUGCAGCGGCCACACUCUUCAGUCUCUCCGUGAUUGACGAGAACAAAGUGACUAUUGGUGCCUUGGGAGCAAUCCCACCGCUCGUUGUACUGCUCAAUGAAGGUACACAAAGAGGCAAGAAAGACGCGGCUACUGCACUUUUCAACCUCUGCAUAUAUCAAGGAAACAAAGGAAAGGCCAUACGCGCAGGAGUGAUUCCCACAUUGACGAGACUCUUAACAGAGCCCGGAAGCGGAAUGGUCGAUGAGGCGCUUGCCAUUCUGGCGAUUCUCUCGAGCCAUCCCGAAGGGAAAGCAAUCAUAGGAUCAUCCGACGCUGUCCCGAGUCUAGUGGAGUUUAUCAGAACUGGAUCUCCUAGAAACAGAGAGAACGCUGCUGCGGUUCUAGUCCACCUCUGUUCUGUUGACCCACAACAUCUGGUCGAAGCACAGAAACUCGGUCUUAUGGGUCCAUUGAUUGAUUUAGCCGGAAACGGGACAGAUAGAGGGAAAAGAAAAGCAGCUCAAUUGCUUGAACGUAUAAGCCGUCUAGCUGAACAGCAGAAGGAGACGGCAGCACAAGCACAAAACACAGAAGAAGCUGAACCAACACAUUCAGCAUCCACCACAGAAGCUGCUGAUACUUAAAAGAGUUGUUUUUGCUUUGGUCCCUAUGGUCUUUUAUUAUUCCCACUUUUCUUUUCUUUUCUUGUCUCCUACUCGGUCUUCCUUCGAGGUAGGCUCCAAUGUAGAUGGCAAAAGCAGCAAAUGGCUUCCUUGUCUGUCCGACAUGUUUUAACUUUAUGGUGUUACCUCUGCAAGGACGGAGCUAUCCGGUCCUGAGGAGAGAACAGCAAAUAUGCAUACAUACACGUCAACUUGUAUCAUUGUAACACUUCAAUGUUUGUAAUCGUUUCCACCAGCUUUAUUGGUUUUAAUACAA